UUCAUGUAGUUAUUGGCGGGCAGAAGGCUUCACUUAACAGCCAGCUGCAAGAGGGAGAAAUGAGGGGUGGUAUGUCAUAUGCUCUCAUUCAUACUGUCUGUGCUAAUGAUGGCACGUUACAACUUUAAUGUAGUUAUUGGUGGGCAGAAGGCUUCAUUUAACAGCCAGCUGCAAGAGGGAGAAACGAGGAGAGAAUAUUCUACAGGCCAUGGACGAUUAUAUCAACCUUCAGAAAUUAAGAUUCAGACAGUUAGUACAGCAAUACCUUCAACAUUCAGCCUUCAACGUGGCUAAGAAAAACAUCUGUUCACUACAUGACAGAGACAUCCCAUUACUGAGUGAAAAACUGGGGAGCCUAUACAUUAAGCAGAAGAGAAUAAAGUGGGGUGAAGAAUCAUGGAGGUUAGCAGGAGAAAGAAUAAAACAUGUUCGUUCCUUAAUGAAGAAAUUUGAAAGUAUUGAAAAGGAAUCUGGAUUACUGCUAAUAAAGCCUGUUCUGUUAUGGAGCAGAAGCAUCAACUCCUUGCAAAGAGCUGUGAAAGCAAGUAGACACCCAAAAGUGACCUCCAGACUCCUUCUUCAUGUACCAGUGCCAUCACUUGCACCUUCACAAGCACCAUUUGGCUUUCACAGAAGGCAUCCUUCCACAAAGGAUAUGGAAAAGCUGAAAAGCAGGUACAAAGAAACCACCGAGGACCUAAAUUUCCAUACCGAUGUGCCAUUCAUAUCCCACCUGGGCUCUUUUCAGAGACUAUGGAGACCAGAAGCAUUAAGUCAACUUUCCUUCAUUCCAGACGGUGAAAGACAUAUCAACACCCCUAAACUUCUGGAGUUAGAUUUCACAACAAUGCAGAUCCCCCAGCAACAUCCAUGUUUCAGGUCCCAGCAACAGGCAUUGAUGAAGGGGAACAGGGAGCAUGUGAGGAAACUGCGAAGUUAUGUAACAAUAACAAAUAAUCCUUUGUCUCUUAAGACACUCCAGAAUAAAAUAACAGCAGACCAGAAAAUCUACAGACCUUUUGAAACUCCUAUGCCUCCCACAGACUUGAAGAAUAUUUCAACAAACUCUGAGCCUGCUACACCCAGACCAAGCCCAGAAGAAAUGUUUCAUUCUGGUAAAGACCUGAAUAUCGGUUCAUCAUAUGAUUUACCAUCCAGGUCCCCACAAUGGCUGCACCAUAUAUGACAGUUUUGAGAAUGAAACAACAUCUUCUUUCAUGUUUUAAUGAGGAAAGCACAACCAUAAGUGAGCUGAAUUAGCCAGCAAAUGUAAAUUACCUGCUUUGGUUUAAAUCCUAUGAAUUAUCCCAAUGUCUGAAAAUGUACUUAUGGGAAUGAGUGAAAAUGUGAUGUGUGCUUUGUAUUUAGUAUUAU